AUGCGUCUGCGCGACGAAUCGUCAUCAUCGUCUGGUGUUCAGAUAUCCGUCCACAGCUCGAUAGCUUUGGAUGAAACCAUUCACGACGUGAAAUGGAUCCCAUCCAGUGCUCGGUUUUGCGUGUUAGGAGCGCACGCUCGAGGCACCGGAAGUCUCCAAGUCUUUGAGCUUGAAAACACGCACCCUCUGGACGAGGAGGCUUCUUCUUUAUCUCCUUUGUCUUCAUCACCGGCGAAACCAUCCUCUCGUCUCGUUAUGAACGCAAAAGGAAAAUGCGAACACGACCACGCGAUGAAAUGCGGGACCUUUGCCGGUUCAGACGCGAUUGAACGCGAGUUUAUCGCGGGAGAUUUUUCUGGUCAACUUCUCUGUUGGGAUGUGGAAUACUUGACCAAACCAACGCGAGUGGUAAAAAACGCGCACGAAUCAAUCAUCAAUUGCAUAGAUGGAUGCUAUAAUCAACACUCGAAAGUGAUCGUCACAGGAAGUCGAGAUGGGUCUGUGAAAGUAUGGGACUUCAGACGGAAACAAUCUGAUCCCGUCGUGAAUUUUGCGCCGUCCGUCACCACAAAGGUCUCGCCAGAGUGCUGGUCUGUAAAUGUAGGCAAUGCCAAGAACGAUAGCGAACCGAUGAUUUUAGCAGGAUACAGCGACGGUACGGUCAAAAUGUUUGACCUUAGAAGAGUGAAGAAUAGUGGUGAGUAUUCAACGUCGCUGUAUUGGGAAACGAAUGUUGAUCGAGGCGUCUGCGGAGUAGAAUUUGACCGGAAAGCUAUAGAGAUGAAUAAGUUUGUGGUGACGUGCUUAGAAUCGCAGUCAAAAGUAUUCGACGCACGUACGUUUAAUCCCAAAAGAGGUGGCUUCUCGAGCUCUGUCGUCACGGAAGUCAUGGAAAAUGGUCCCACUAUAUGGGGUGUAAAGCAUUCUCCCUUCAAUCGAGAAAUUUCUGUAUUUCUAGGUGGCGACGGCACUUUAUCGGUGCAUAAAUACGCGUAUCCAAAACAAAGACGUUUACAACUGAACGAGGAAGAGUGUGUCGGUAAUGCCGGUCAAACGCACCUACUGGUGGAAUCAAAAGUAUCCACGCAACCCAUCAGCGCGUUCGAUUGGAACAAAGACAAAGAAGGACUCGCAAUUUGCUCGUCUUUUGAUUCGAGAAUUCGUUUACUUUUCAUUACCGGUAUGAAUAAGCUCUAA